CUACCAAAGGCCCCUGUUGGGGUUGGGGGCAUCCUCCUCACAGGGCCCAGCCCCGAGGCCCUCCACCCUUGCUGCCCACAGUGCCCCCUCUCCCCCGGAACCUGGCCUUGGGUUUUGUCCUGCCUGCCCCCCGACUGAGAGCAGCUUAGGCUCUGGUCCUGAUGACCUCAUGU